AUGAGGCAGCAGCACAGGAGUCGGGAGAGUCGUCGCGUGGAAUAUGUAUGGGUGUACUACUCGCGCAAACAUUGAACAGAGACGGAUAGGCAGAGAGAAAGAGAGAAAAAGAAAGAGACAGAGAGACAGAGAGAGCAGAGCAGAGCGAAGAAAUUUCAAUCCUAUACUCGGCUCGGCGCUAUGCGACUAGCAGUGCUGUAGCGUAGGCCAAUGGACGCGGCCAUGUUAGCAAUAACGAGUAUCAGUAGUAAUUGUAAAAACCAUCCUCGCCAAGUGCCGAGUGUCGUGUACAUAUAAGAUUUAAAAAAAAACUCCUGUACAUAUCAUAUACAUUAAGAGUCGAGUACAGUUGUGUAUAGAGAUUCGAGGCUACAACUACUACUGCUGCUGCUGCUGCUAUAUAUAUUCACGCAGACACACGCGCAUACCAACGGAGGCAGCUAUAUACUUGACUUAUUUUGUACCUUAUAGUAUAGUAUACAUAUACAGAGGUAGUGCAGUGUGCACACGGGAGAGCAAGAGAGAGAGAGAGAGACAGAGAGACUCAACUCUGUGUACUGCGUGAGCUGUGUGCAGUGCUGCCUCGCGACUGCGAAUCAUCGCUCAUACACAUAAACCUACACUUGCGUGCAGAGAGUUGAACUGCUGCGAGUCGCGCUGUGUUUUAUAAAAAUCUUAUGUGUGCUGUGCUGUGUGCUGGCAGCCUCGCGCUCCGUUGGCUGUGCCGCUGCUGCCGUGAGCUGUGCUAGCCUAUAAUAGUGCUGUAAGCACGUCGUCGUCGACGACUCCGACUUUCAGCAAUUUUUAAUAAAGUAAACACGUAUGCGUGCGUGAGCUGUGUAGUAACCCCCUAUACAUGCUGGUGUGUGAGUGCGUGUCGCGCUACAAGAAAUUAAAAUUAAAUCAACGAGCUGCUGCUGUCGCUGCUGCUGCUGCUGCUGCUAUGACUGUGCGCGAGUGCAGUUGAUGAAAGGCGACGACGACGACGACGAGGACUCGCAUUUUAUCGAACGUCUGUGCGCUGGGCAGCAGUGCCUCCAAAAAACAUAUCUAGCCCGUGUCUCUGUCUCUCUUUCUCUGCCUGUACGUGACACUCGGAUCAUCGUUGCAGCACACUGAUUCUCGAUACUCGAUGUACCGAGGGUUAGUUUUUUAGCAUUAUUUCGUUACACGCGCGCGCCCGUGCACAUAUGUAUCAUUUAUACACGCAACUCCGUGAGUGCGCAAAAAAAAUUUUCGUCGCCUAAAUACGACUCUGCUAUACAUACUGCUGGCUGCUGCUGCUGCUGUACUGCACGCGCGAGUUGUUUGACCCCGGACGGAGUGUAAGUGUGUGCUCAAGUGCUCCGCUCUUUAUAAGAACGUCGUUGCCGCGGCGCGGCUAACUACUCAUCGCACACAAAUAACCAUUGGCCGCUUCAACAACUGCUGCUGUUGCUGAUAAACGAGAAGAAAAUAUUACGUACCCAUCUCGAGCAAUCCUAACUCAGGAUGCCGAAAUGCGAUGCCAAGACCAAAUAUUUGCCGGCCACUUUUGCCUGGGCAUUACUCCUCAGUACAACCACGCUUUUCUUCUACUUCCCGUGCCAAUUUUAUAUAUCUCGAUACCCAUGGGUACCAGCAAUGCAGGCAGGCAUAACUUUUUUUGUUCUGGCAAAUUUCACAUUAGCCACUUUUAUGGACCCUGGAGUCAUUCCCAAAGCUCCACCAGAUGAGGAUCGGGAAGACGACUUGAGGGCACCAUUGUACAAAAGUGUAGAAAUUAAUGGAAUCACAGUUCGGAUGAAGUGGUGUGUCACAUGUAAAUUUUACAGACCACCAAGAUGUUCCCAUUGCAGUGUAUGCAAUCAUUGUAUCGAGACUUUUGAUCACCAUUGUCCUUGGGUAAACAAUUGCAUUGGAAGGAGAAACUAUCGUUUCUUUUUCUUCUUCCUUUUGUCAUUGAGUAUGCACAUGCUCAGUAUAUUUGGGCUGUGCUUGUAUUUUGUUCUUGAACAUAAACAAAAACUUGGUGAAGUUCAUACUAUUGUAGCUAUGGUACUCAUGGGAAUAGUGUCAAUACUAUUCAUUCCAAUAUUUGGAUUGACGGGCUUUCAUAUAGUUUUGGUUUCAAGAGGCCGUACUACCAAUGAACAAGUAACUGGCAAAUUUAAUGGUGGUUAUAAUCCAUUUUCAAGAGGCUGCUUUCACAAUUGCUGUUACACACAAUUUGGACCACAAUAUCCAAGCUUAAUGAAACCUGAAAAGUAUUCAGCAAAACGGCGUGGAGCUUGCGCCUCGGAAAUAUCAACGAUAGAUAGCGAAAACCAGGUAAAAACUUACAUGGAUAGCAGCAAUGGUGUUAGAAAUACCAGUUCAAAUGCUUACAAUAAGCUAUCGCCUGGUAGAGAUGGUUCUGAUACGGAUAUGGAGCCCACAGCUUCACAAUCAGCGGAUUGUGAACCGACUCCACCUUUACAGAGACACGGUUCGAAAAAUAAUUUCUUCCUGCCACCUGUGGAGAAUAAUGAGUCUCCCAGGCAUCCUUCCACACAGCAACAAUCACAGCAGCAUCGACACCCCAUGCAUUAUCCUAGAGGCAGUCCACAUCCUAAGCCAAGGGGGAUAAACGGAUCGAGGAGCCACACGCCUGAUCCUCUUGGAGAUUCACCGUCGAGUGGUGUAACUAAUACUCCGUCAGGCCCCGCUCAAGGACAGACAGUUGUAGGAGACAUACGUCAAGCUAGUCCAACGAUGCAGCAGCGCAUCAAAGCUAUCGGCGUGCCCACGCCGCUUGCUAUAUCAAGCCCUAUUCGCAGAUCGAAUCCAGGCACGCCGACGCAGGCCCGUCGACCGGAUUUCAUCGGGGUGUCGGAACAGCAGCAGCAACAACAUCAGCAACAAAUGGCCAACAAGUACUACGAGGCCCAACCGAAUUACAGUCCGCAGCGUCGCUUCGUCUCGGAGGGCGAGCUCGUGCGUCAGGCUAGCGAUCCGUCCUCGGCGUCUAGUCACCACCAGCAGCAACAACAGCAGCAGCAAACGAAUUAUCACGUGGCCAGGACCAACAACACCGUGGACAACAUACGCGAGCUGGCGGGCUCGCCCCAGCGCGGCAUCUACACCUGGAAGGACAGCUCGUCGCCGUCGGGCGCCGGCUCAGCGAGCUCCUAUCCGGCGCCCAACGCCGAGGUCGCCGCCGCUCAUCAGGUCGCCGCCCACGCGGCCGCCGCCAUCGCCCAGCAGCAUCACGCACAUAUGCAAGCGCAAGCUGCCGCAGCUGUAACGCAACGUCCACCGCUGCCUUUCGACUACUAUCGCUCGAAUCCCACGAGUCCGACGCAGCAGCAGCAAUCGUACGCCUCGACGGUCACGGCCGCCGCCGCCGCCGCCAACAAUUCCGCCGGGCGAGUGGCCACCUCGACAUAUCAUCCGGUGAUCCGAGGCGGUGUCCCAGUCUUCCCCCCGAACGCCUCGCCGCAGGUGAAGCGAAAGCCGAGCCUCGGCACGCCGACGACGCCGACGCAAACGACACCGGCGGAGAACCGACGCCGGCCCAUGUCCUUCGUGCGGGCCCUCGAGAUGAGCGACUCGCUGGAGAUGAUGCCCCAGACCACCAGCAAUAACGGCGGCAGCGGGAGCGGCUCGAGCACCAACGUUGCCGGCAAUAAUGGCCAGCAGCAAUCGCAGCAACAACAGCAGCAGCCGGAACAGACCAAUCCCAACGAUCGGGCGAGCGUCUACGAUAUGAACUACGAGAUAUCGGUAUAGCGCAGCUGCUACGUCUCCCGCUCGCCGAUCUGCGGCUGGCGGGAGGCUGUCAGACGACGCGACUCGCCGAGCCUCGUGCAUCACUUGCAGGCCAAAGACAGCAGCAACAACGGCAGCGGCGCCAGCGUCGUCCAGGUCGUGGAUGGAAAGCCGCCCAAGAGCGGCGGCGCCACCGCGGCCGCCAAUAGCAAAUCCAAGCAGAGACAGGGCUGUCAAGUCUCUGUCUAAAAGUCGUGCUUCGAUAUAAUAUAUAUUGUGUGAUACACGGUUGUUCUGUUAAAUAGUGAUCGAUCAGCUUUUUUGCAAUGAUACGAUGACAUUAGUUUUGGCGUUUUUUUUUUUUUGUUAAUAUAUUGUUGUUAUUAUUUUCGAUAUAUUAUCUAAUUAAUUUUCUUUUUUUUUCUCUUUUUUUUUAUCCAGGAUGACUUGUUACGAGCUUGUUACUGCUCGGCUCUUUUCGUGUGAUCGUUUUUCCUUCCUCCAGUUUGUUACUUUGUUAGAGAUAGUAUCGCGCUGUUUUAUUGCUUUGCCUUAUUUAAUUUAAUGCCACUAUCGGAAUGCAACCUGGUUACAAAAAGUGAUAAAAUGACGAAAACAAAAAGCAAACAAACACUUUCCUAUCAGCGAACAAAUAUGCAAUCGACUUUCAGAAUAACAUAAACUUUAUCGUAGCUGUAUGAGCGUGCGUGUGUGUGCGUGCGUGUGUUUUAACGUGAGUGCGUGAUUGGUCGAUAACCAGAGACUGAAGUGCAUUUUCUAUUCAUACAAACAUAUGUAUACUUGGAAUUUAAGAAUUAAGUGGAAAAUGAAACAAAUUGUAUAAUAUUUUUAGCGUGUGUAAAAAAGCCGAUGACUUUCUUGUUAGUGAAAUCUUUUUGUUUUCAAUUUCAUUUACUUUUUUAAAGUAUAAUUUGAAGAAAAAAACGCAGAAUCAUACAGCUGGCAUGUUCGUUGUAACUUAAUUUUGUUUUUUUUAUAUAUUAGAUACGUCGUUGAGGUCAGUUAGAUUUUUAUACAGUGUUGUUACAUUGAAAAGAAAAAAAAACAUUGUUUUUUUAUGACUAUAUAUUAAAAUUCUUUUUCAAAUAACAAUGAUAACAAUGAUGAUGAAGACGACGAACCUUAUUAUGGGCAGCGUAAAAGAGAUAUAUAUGUAUAUUAUAAAUAUAGGUAUAGAUGAAUGUAUAAAAUGAAUAUAUUUAUGUAUAGAUCAUAAAGUUUGCUGUAUACAACUUACAACAUACAUCAAGAAACACAAAUUAUAUUGAUACAGAGCAAUUUUUGAGUAUUUAAUUUAGAUUGUAAAUUAGGAGAAAGUUUUUUUCGUGUCCUAUCUAAUUAUUUUCUAUACUCAAAAGUUGACAGCUUCAAAGGCUUCCUUUAUUCAUGAUGCAAUAAAUUGUAAUAAUUUUUCUGUUCAAUUUUUUUUAAAUUGAAAUAAUUAUGAACGUUAUUGAUUAUUUCUAUGUACAUCUUCUUAAUAUUAAUACUGCAAUAGUAAUCAAGAGGUGCAGUAGCAUCUUACCAGCAAUUUGAAUAUGCAACCAACACAAAUUCAAUUACGUAAUUUUCCAUUAAAUUUCUUUGAUUUGAAUUUGAUAAAAAAACACAGAAAAAGUAAUUCGAGAAAUACUCAUGAAAAUGUUUCCAUUGGUCAUUAAAUCAGAGCUACUUAAUCAUGUUUGAAUUUGUGUAAAAACUAGAUUUAUUGAACAGAAUCGCGUACGCGCGCGAGAACUGAUCGUGAGACAUUCAAUAUAUAAAAAUUUGAAAAUAUUACGACCACAUAAAUGAAAAAAGGCGAAAAUUAUAUCGUGUGCUGCAUUUGUGUCAGAUGCAAAUCUUGGUUGAUAUAGUUUUUAAUGUGUGUGCCGUGAUGUAAAAUAAAUAAACGUAAUUAUUUUUACGACUAUUUAAGUGAAAUGAUGCAUAUAUGUGGGUUAAAUUUAGUCCAUUUCAGAAAGUACACAAACGACUGCCAUUAAUUAUCGGGUACUAAAAACGUAUAAUUAGGCAGUCGAACGAUACGAAACAUUGAUAAAAUUGUGUUAUUAAAGAAAUAAAUUAUAAAACUUGUAAAAUAAAUGUGUAUAUGUUCGAAACAAAAGUGCAUGACUACUUGUUAGCUACAGUUGUAAAAGUGUCGCAUCUACUGAAAUUCCGAAUUUUUUAUCGUUAGUAUUCAAUUAUUAUCGUCUAAUUAUUUUUACUAUUUGACUCUUCCACGUGGAUUUUUGAAGUUUUUAAAUAUUUAUGAGUAAAACGACCAAAUCUCUGUAACAUUUCUUCGAUUUUUAUACAAAAUAUGAUACAAGAAAAAAAGUACCGUGCCAAAAUCACUAAAACCAACAUAAUUUUUGUACUCAUCGAACGGUAUCAUAUGGUGUAUAUUUUAACUGUCUAAUUGAUUACUUCCCUGUUUUUAAUUGAAAAGAUUCUAAAAAAAAAUCAUAUAUUUUGAAUCUGAAAGUUGUCGAGCUUCCUUAUACGACUGUGGUCUAUGAGAGAUAUUUUAAAAUUAAACGUAAAUAUGAAUGAUACAAAUUAAGAAAAUUAUUUAAAUCAGGGACAAAUGAGGUUUGAAGAAACAUUGACAAAAAAAUUAAAUAUUUGUAAUUUGAUGUAACUUGUACAUAAUAUGAUAACUCGUUAUCGCUACAAAACAAAAUACAAAAAAACUUUCAGUGUAAAUACGUAUGGCAUACAUGAAUAUAUGCAUACACAAUUACGUAUGUAUGUAUGUAUAUUUCGAUACACUUUGCGUAUCGUUACUAUUCUAUAAAAAUAAAAUAAAAAGCAAAAUGAAAUAAUAAA